AGGCAUCAUAUCAUAUAUAUAAUAUAAUAUAUUAUGUAAUAUUAGGUAAUGCAAUAUUAUAUAGAUAAUUGACUAUUGAGUUAUAUACUCAGUAUAUUAUCUCCUUAUGAAUUUUUAAUAAACAUAAUUAACUUAGAUAAUGCCUAAUUCUAAACUUCAUUAGCCAUGAGUCAUACAGAACCAACAAAAGAAAAUGGAUUACCAUUCUAUGCAAGUGGUAUAGUUGUUAAAGGAUUUGGGCGAGGUUCAAAGGAUUUGGGAAUUCCUACAGCUAAUUUUAGCCGUGAUGUAAUAAAAGAUUUACCUAAAAACAUAAGUACUGGAGUAUAUUAUGGAUGGGCACAGGUUGAAAAAUCACCAGUUUACAUGAUGGUUAUGAGUAUUGGUUGGAAUCCGUUUUAUAACAAUGUAGAAAAGUCUAUGGAAAUCCAUAUUCUUAAACAAUUUGAUGAAGAUUUUUAUGGAUCUAAUUUAAAAGUUAAGGUUGUUGGUUUUAUUCGACCAGAAUUAAAUUUCAACUCUGUUGAUGAACUAGUCAGUACUAUUCAUUCAGACAUUGACUAUGCUAAACAAAAUUUAGAUGAAAACGAAAAAAUGGACGUAUACUUUGAUUUAUAACUAGAAAUUGUAAGACAAUUAAAAUUUAUUAUUCCAUUUUAUGAAUAUAAGUGUAUGACAUAAAAUAUGUUCCUCCAUGUUUUAUAAAAUUGUACCAUUACAUUAUAUUGUUGAUACGUUUAAAAAAAUAAUACAUAAUUAUUGUUCAAUCAUUUUAUUAGUAACAAAAUUAUAAUUAUUUAAGUAAUUUUAUUGGUACUCUGGUACUCUCUCAAUAUACUUAAUCAUUAUUGUUUUUAGAAAUAAAAAUUCACAUUUUUUGCGUAAA